AUGUACCAGGAGGUGGCUUUCCUGGCCGGCAGCACAGAGAACCAGUUCACUACUUUCCACUUUAAACGAGUGGAGAACCUCCAGGAGGUAUCCUCCAAGAAGGGUGUCUUUUACAAGCGGGCCCAGCACCUGCUCAAGCCGCUGAACCGACAGCAGGACACCGACGAAGGGGCGGCCAUUAUCAACGUGGGAGGAAUCAAGUACCGCAUCCCUUGGUCCACCUUGGAUGAGUUCCCCAUGACCAGGCUGGGGAAGCUGCGCGGUUGCAGUAAUGAAGCAGAGAUCAUGGACGUGUGCGACGACUACGACGGCAGCCGCAAUGAGUUCUUCUUCGACCGUAGCCCGUCGGCCUUCCGCACCAUCGUCACCUUCUUGGCGGCGGGCAAACUGCGGUUGCUCAGGGAGAUGUGCGCCCUGUCCUUCCAGGAGGAGCUGCUUUACUGGGGCGUGGAGGAGAACAAGCUAGACUGGUGUUGCCUGAGAAAGCUGCGUCUCCGCCAAGAAGAGUACAAGGAGAUGCGGAGGCUGGAGGAAGAGGAGGCCGAGUUGGUCACGCCACAGUCCUGCGAGGAGAGCCAGCAGCUGGCUGAUGAGCCGGAAGAUGACCAGGGAGGCGGCUGCAUGCGUAGACUGAGGGACAUGGUGGAGAACCCUCACUCCGGAAUCCCUGGGAAGAUUUUUGCCUGUCUCUCCGUGUUGUUCGUGGCCAUCACUGCCGUGACGCUUUGUGUCAGCACCAUGCCGGACCUCAGGGAAGAGGAGGAGAGGGGGGAGUGCUCUCAGCGAUGCUUCAAUAUUUUCGUGCUGGAGACAGUGUGUGUGGCGUGGUUUUCUCUGGAGUUCGUGUUGCGCUUCAUCCAGACUCAAAGCAAGUGUAUGUUCUUGCGCACACCGCUCAAUGUUAUCGACGUGGUGGCUCUGUUGCCCUACUACAUCACGCUCAUCGUAGACUCACUGUCAGCGGGCGGCAAGCCAGCGGGUUCCGGGAACAACUACCUAGAGAAGGUGGGCCUGGUCCUCCGCGUCCUGCGGGCCUUGCGGAUAUUUUACGUCAUGAGGCUGGCCCGCCAUUCGCUGGGCCUGCAGACGCUGGGCCUGACGGUGAAGCGGUGCACACGGGAGUUCGGCCUUCUGCUGCUCUUCCUGUGCGUGGCCAUGGCGCUCUUCUCUCCGCUGGUGUUCCUCGCUGAGAGUGAGUUUGGCGCAAAGCAAGAGUUCACCAGCAUCCCGGGCAGCUACUGGUGGGCUGUCAUCUCCAUGACCACUGUGGGCUACGGCGACAUGGUGCCGAGGAGCAUCCCCGGCCAGGUGGUGGCGCUCAGCAGCAUCCUGAGCGGCAUUCUGCUCAUGGCUUUUCCCGUCACGUCUAUCUUUCACACAUUCUCCAGGUCCUACGUGGAGCUGAAGGAGGAACAGAACCGAGCAACAAGGCAGAAGCCCGACUCGCAGGACAGCACAAAAUCUCAGAACAGCGAAGACUCGCAGGACACGGACAGCUACCAAGGAGCAGCAGGAGCCGCCGUCUUGGCCGCGCACAGAAGGAAGUCCUUGGCUCCGCACAGAGAGCAUGCCAAAACUUAG